UUGUACUCAGUUUACGUUGAACGUUCGUGUGAAAGAAAUCUCGUUACUUCAACCAUAAUUUCGAAAAUGAAGACCAUCGCCGUUGUCUUAGCCAUCUGCUUUGUUGGAGCCAUGGCGCUCACAGAUGAACAGAAGGCCAAGUUGGCUGAACACAAAGCAGUCUGCAUAACAGAAACUGGUGUUGAUGCGCAGGUGGUUGAGAACGCUAAGAACGGAAACUGGGCCGACGGUGACGAGAAACUGGAAUGCUUCAGCGCUUGUAUGCUGAAGAGGAUUGGAAUCAUGAGACCAGACGGAAGUAUUAGCGAGGAAGUCACCAGGCAAAAGGCCCCAACUGACAUUCCGAAAGAAAAGAUCGAUGACGUGAUAAACAAGUGUAAGGGUACCACUGGCGCCAAUGACUGUAAAAAAGCCGCCAAUUUGGCCAAGUGUUUCAUCGAGAACAAAUCCUUCAACGUACUCACUCACUAAAUUUAUUUCAACCUGCUGACUAAAGACGAACAAAUAUAUAACAAAUAUAUAUAUAUAUGUAAUUUGUAUUUAAAUUGGCACCAGAAUAUUUGUAGAUGUAAAUUAAUAAAUUAAUAUAAUA